AUGUCCUGUCUUCAGGAAAGGGCUCUAGAAUCGUUUGUUUGGUACUACCAUUGCUUCAAAAACGAUGGCACAGGCACCGGAAUUAGCAAUCCGAUCAUCCGGUUGAUGGUAAGAAAGUCCCAUGAUUUCUUUUUCAAAUAAAAAUUUUGUUUUUUAGCGGAUUGGCUCUAGAAUUCAAGGAUUUCUUAAAGAUUUUAUUCGGCAAUGCAAAAUCAAAGUUUUCCGGACCGAAUUUUAUAUUGAAUUCACGUUUAUUCUCCAUGAUACUUGCUUGAAUAUCUCUGCGACUACUCGAGACUCCUGUGAUCUUCUAUGGUUUCGAGGCAAAGUCACUGUUCUGGUUGUAGAACUGAACAAGACGACCCACUUGGAAGAAAAGCGAGUCAACUCUGACCUCCCAAUUCUCGCUCUUUCUACCUUAUUGGAAUCGAUUUUUUCCGCUGAUUACCUUGCUCUCCCUCAAUUUCUGGCCAACCUCAUUCCUUGUAGUGCUACUGUAAAGCUCCUGAAAGUCAUCGAUCUCCAGAAAGUGGAUCUGAUCUCUUGUAAUGCCAGAUUCUUGGAAAUUGAUCUUAUUUCGAGCGAAAAUAUUGUGAAAGCGAUGAGAAUUGAAGGGUAGGCACAAUGAGCCCUAAAAAGUUGUUUUUCCAGACACUUUAUCAAUCGACAUGUACAAUUCAUUAUGCUGACUAUCUCAGACAUCAUCGCUUAUGAACUUGUGGUCAUGAGAACGAUUCAGCGUUUGCUGACGGUCUUCCCCAAUGCAACCAAGAUUUUUGUGAAUUAUUGUGGUGACAGUCAAGUGAGAUUUUACUCUUCUUUUUGAAUGAGAUAUAUGCUAGCUUUUUGAACGAUUUGCUUAUCACUUUAGACGUCUUUAACCAUUACUUUCAGCUCUUUGCCUCUCGAUUUGAUAGUACCUUGGGCAUGCUGCGACGUCUCGAAUCUCAACAUCUCAUCAAAUUAGGUCUUGUGUGCAAUUGGAAACUGGGUGAUGAUUAG